UAGAAAAGCCAUGUAAUAUAUUGCUUAGAUUUAGAUAUAUUACACGAAUUUAUGUUCCGUCAUCUUGAUUCAAAAUUGGUUUUAAUCGGAGCUGCUGUUGUUUAAUAUUCUAUGCUUUCUGAUUGGAAACAAAUGUUUCUUUGGUGCCGAUCGAUAGACAAUCAUCGUUUAAUGUUACGGAGUAUACAUGUGACAUAGACAAAAAGACCACUAAUCGUCGAGUGACAUUUAUUAUAUAAGCACGACAUUUCGCCAAGGAUCCGUUUGUCGUUAUCAAAAACACUACAGAAGUUUAAAGCAAAUAACAUCAACAUUUUGGAGUAGCGUUGCCUGGAAACCGCUGACAUCAGAUCAAUGUGAGACUUUAUAAAUCACGUACUGUGAUGUUGAAACAGAUCAUAGACCAGAUGAACCACCAUGAUCCAACAUCUGACCAUAGGGUCAGAUAUGAGGGAGAGAUACAGAACGAUGUACCCAAAGAUGUCUUUAUUUAUUCCGAGAUGGAUGCUCAUGAAAUAAAGAGAAGCAUCAUUUCCUUGUUGAUUGAUAAUCAAAUAUCAUUUUGUGAUUCGAGCUGCUUUCUUCCAGAAGAAACAGGAUUGAAUAGUUUUGCCAACUGCUUACAAAGCUCCAGACAAGUGGCUUUAAUAAUAUCACCUCAGUUUCUGGAUUGUAAAUUAAGUUUAUUCUAUAGUGAGAUGGCAGCACAGUAUACAGGUGAUAUUAUCGUAGUCGCAUUCAAUGUAUUAAUAUCGCAAAUACCGCAAAAUUUAAAAUCGUUUAAUAUUAUAUCAGUGAAUGAAGAUAAAGAGUGGUUUGUGAAAAUUCAACAGUAUCUUCAAUCCCAGCACCAUGUCGUUUAUCCGCAAGCCGAACUUUCAGAUGAACCAGAUCCGGGAAUUCUACAGUUCACCGAUGCACCACUACUGGCUAAUGUACAUUCGCAUGUAGAUAGAUUACAAUAUACAGAUGAAGAAAAACAGGCCUUAUUUUUACCAAACAUUUGUGAAAAAAGUAGAUUUGGUACCCAUCCAUUUCAACCUUCCUACUUUGCACUUCAAAUGGGUUAUUUUUACCAACUACAACAUACAGACAAGAUAGCUUACCAGGCAUUGGAUGAUUACCAAUGUGAAGAUAUAGUCAUCAAGAAUGGCGACAUUUUGCAAAUCAUAGAAGACUCGCCCCGCUUGCGGAGAAAAGUUGUGGUUGAAAAUGCUUUGGGUCAGAGAGGAAGUAUACCAUUAGCAAUCUUAUCCCAAAUUGAAAGUCAACUCCCAGUGCUACUCCUGAAGACGCUUCGUUCCACAAUAAGUGACACUGAUACUACUAUCUUUAGACAAACUUUAGAAACGAUUGGACUCCCUUUUUACGUUGCGCGUGGCACGGAAAUAUCAUCCAAUCCGCUGUUCAGUAUACGCAAAGGUGACGUCUUGCAGGUUUUGGCUUAUGAUAAGACCAAGCUACUUAUUAGAAACUGUAGAGGGGUCUGUGGAUUCUUGUCACGGAACGACAGCAUGACUUACAUUUGAUAUACGGCAUUGUAUAUAGGGGCCUUUCGCAUCGGUACGAAAACGAAUACGAAAACGUCAUCGAUUCGUGUGUACUUGCGACGGCAAUCCGUAAUGAGUGUUCGGGGAGUAAAAAACGUUACACGUAUGCAGCUGGAUUUACAUAGGUAUGCAAACGAUUAUGUUUCUUUUCUCAUAUAUUGAAUUUUCCACCAUUUUUCGAGGCUUUGUGUAUAUUGUUCAUUUUUUAGAGUUCGUAGAAUGUGCUCAAAAGCAAUAUUCUGCUUGAUUUGUUGUACAUUUGCCAAAAAAUCCAGAGAAAACUUUGCCUUGAUCGAGAAGUUCAUGGAGUGGAAAUUAACGCAAUCUAGCUAUUAUAGUACGUCGGAUUGCGAAACCGCGUGUUAUAGGAUACGAAAACGUAAACGAACAUAUGUUUUCGUACCGAUUCGAAAGGUCCCUAAUGUGAUUUGUGGAUACCUUUCAUGAGUAAAUUAUGUUAUCUUGAAUAUAAAGUAUCUAUAAAAUAGAGAGAGGGGUGGCAAAGACUAAAGGUGGUUUAUCGAUAUCCCUCGUGGGUAAAUUAUCAACAAACAAAAAUGUGGGGCGGAAGGGGCGGGGGGCAAAGAAUAAAAGGUGUCUUUAUCCUUUUAAUUUGAAACUAAAUAGAUUAUUACUUUAGUUGAUAUUUGACCUUAUUGUUCAGGCAAAAAGCGACACGCUCUGUCAAUUGCUUUAAUAUUUAUUUAUCACUUACACUUUCCUUGUAAAA